AUGGAACGUCUUCAAAGCAAAGAAGAAGUUCCCGGAGAAAAAAAGCCUGUCGAAGCGAUAAAAUUCGAAACGACUCCCGUACAUGGUAUAUACAAAACCGACAAAACUGGAAGAAGAUUUCUCGUUGCCAUCCAACCAAUAAGCAACCGAAGAGACAGUGAAGGUAUAUUUCAAGUCGCUCCUACCAGUACUUCUCCCAAUGUUUCCUCUGAUCAACCCUCUUCCACAAAUAGUGAGGCUAGCGAAAGCCUCCCCGCCGAACAAGUCGCUGCAGGCUACAGCUACCUUCGCGACCAACUUGAGGUACAAUACAGUGAGAUUUUGAAUCGUUGGAUGUUCAAGGACGAGCUAGAAAAGCGAUAUAUUCGACCCGUCGAAUGCGACGGGCAAGCGAUCCACUUGUUUCGCCUCGACAACCCCGCUAUCUAUGUUGUCGUUGUAAUUGAAAAGGUGGGGAGAAGUGGGAAGCCAUCCUUAAGGCCCAAGGCACCUAGAGAUCAUAAGGGUAUCAAUGAAGAUCUCUGGUGCCGCAACUACCUUGAUGACGUCUUCAGAAAGAUGGAAGAUGAAGAGGCGGCAAAUGCACGACAGGAAAUGGCGGAGAAAAGACAUGACGCUUGGUGUGAGACGGGGGAUCAACCUUAUUUGAAGAUCCAGAGGUAUCUGCAAAGAGCUAUUUCUUUUGCUGCACCUUUUGCAAAUUGA